CACGCGCCAGCAGACGGCGCUGCGCCUGCGAGGGAGGAUCCGGCGGAAGGGGCGGGGUCAGGCGGCACUUCCGUGGCUUCGGGCGGGAAGGUCGCAAAUCACACUGAGCCAAAACGCACCCAGUGUUUUCUGCAGUUACAAAUAAAAUGAAUAUGCCCAUGCUGCUACCACAACCUCACCAGCAUUUCCUAAAAGGCCUUUUAAGAGCACCUUUCCGAUGUUACCACUUCAUCUUUCACUCACAGACUCAUCUCGGAUCAGGAAUCUCAUCUGCUCGGCCAUUUAAUUCUCUUGGACUCCAUUGUACAAAGUGGAUGCUACUGUCAGAUGGUUUAAAGAGAAAAUUAUGUGUACAAACAACCUUAAAGGACCACACAGAAAAACUUUGUGAUAAAGAGCAAAGAUUUGUGGAUAAACUUUAUACUGGUUUAAUCCAAGGGCAAAGGGCCUGUUUAGCAGAGGCCAUAACUCUUGUAGAAUCAACUCACAGCAGGAAAAAGGAGUUAGCCCAGGUGCUUCUUCAGAAAGUAUUACUUUACCACAGAAAACAAGAACAAUCAAAUGAAGGAAAACCACUAGCAUUUCGAGUAGGAUUGUCUGGGCCCCCAGGUGCUGGAAAAUCAACAUUUAUAGAAUAUUUUGGAAAAAUGCUUACUGAGAGAGGGCACAAAUUAUCUGUGCUGGCUGUGGACCCUUCCUCUUGUACUAGUGGUGGAUCACUGUUAGGUGAUAAAACCCGAAUGACCGAAUUAUCAAGAGAUAUGAAUGCAUACAUCAGGCCAUCUCCUACUAGAGGAACUUUAGGAGGUGUGACAAGGACUACAAAUGAAGCUAUUCUGUUGUGUGAAGGAGCGGGAUAUGACAUAAUUCUUAUUGAAACCGUAGGUGUGGGUCAGUCAGAGUUUGCUGUCGCUGACAUGGUUGACAUGUUUGUUUUACUACUGCCACCAGCAGGAGGAGAUGAGUUGCAGGGUAUCAAAAGAGGUAUAAUCGAGAUGGCAGAUCUGGUAGCUAUAACUAAAUCUGAUGGAGACUUGAUUGUGCCAGCUCGAAGAAUACAGGCGGAGUAUGUGAGUGCACUGAAAUUACUCCGCAAACGUUCAGAAGUCUGGAAACCAAAGGUAAUUCGUAUUUCUGCCAGAAGUGGAGAGGGAAUCUCUGAAAUGUGGGAUAAAAUGAAAGAUUUCCAGGGCGUAAUGCUUGCCAGUGGGGAACUAACUGCCAAACGACGGAAGCAGCAGAAAGUUUGGAUGUGGAAUCUCAUUCAGGAAAGCGUGUUAGAGCAUUUCAGGACCCAUCCCACAGUCCGGGAACAGAUUCCACUUCUGGAACACAAGGUUCUCACUGGGGCCCUGUCCCCAGGACUAGCAGCAGACUUCUUGUUAAAAGCUUUUAAAAGCAGAGAUUAAUAAAAUUCAUUCCAUAUAAUAAUUUUACAUAUCAUUUCAUAAAUUAUUUUAAUAGAAAAAUCGCUUGUAUGCUUACAUUUUCAGUAAUUAUUGUACGGCGGUCUUCUUUGAUUGUGAACUGUGCUUGAAAACUUGAAGGAAGUUAGGUAUGAAUGGCAAAGUUUAGACAGGCAGUAUUUAUAAGGUACCUGUUGUAUGUUACUGAUUUCUGUUUCUAUCUCUUAUACCCUAACAUGAUGGCGUGUAGGGUAGUUUCUUCUUAUUAGUCAACAGCAGAGAAAGCUGAGAAGAGCAGAAAAUAUCUUGCACUUUAAAAUGCUUACUUUGAUUCCAUAUAAUCUGAAUUUUCAGAGAUGUAAACAAGAGUGGCCAUAUUUUUGGAGACCUUCUUGAAGCCAAAACAACACACAGUGGGUUGCUAUAAGCUGAAAAUCAUAAAUGACAUUUAGUGUACCAGAUUAUUCUAAGAAUUUCUGAAAUCACCAUGUACAUGCGUAACGAAACAACUGGAAUAAUGUGAUGAUGUGAACACAGUUCUGAAGUCUGCUUGUCUGGAUUUGCAGGCACCCUUCCCCCACUGAUGUGAUAGGUAAGAGAGCAAAAAGGAACUGGGAAAAUCAGCUACAAAUAAAAUGGGUGAUUAAUCCCCAAUUCUUGGACCCAUUUUAUUUGUCGCCGAUUGGAGUAAACCUCCAAAGACGAAGUGAGGUCAGAAUGAUUCAAGGAUUAUUCAGUUGAAGACUAUCAAAGGCUUUCGCUUCUCUUCUUCCUUGGCCAUGUCACUUCAUUUUAGCAUUUUUUAAAUCUACUUUUUUCUUUACGGUGAACAACUUUUAUCCUAUGGAGGAAGCAUAGCACAGUGAUUAAGAGCUUGGGCUCUGUAGUUGGACUAUGUGGGUUUAAACUUUAAACCAAAAUCAAUCACAUAUUAGCUAUAUGAGCUAAUCUCUCUAAGCUUCCAUUUCCUCCCUGGUAAAAUGAAACUGGCAAAUAACUUUCUAAGGUUAGUGAAGACUAAAUGAGAUAACGUAGGAGAAUUAUUGAGCUAUCAUCAUGGUAUAUAGGAACUACUGAAAUGCUGCUUACUGUCAUUAUUACAUUAAAGUUGACUUUGCCUUGUCAAGAACAUAAUUACCAUUAACUUCUAUAGGUAGGAAAAAAAAUGUACUGAGCUCCAAAACUGACAGACAUUUUGCUAAAAAAUAUCAAAUCUCAUUAAAAUGAUGAGAGUUAUUUUAAUAGUUGACAUUAGCUAUCCCAGUGCAACCUAACAAGGCAUUUACUCUUCAUAAUCACUUGAUCAUAUGGCUAUUUACUUGCUUUCCCUAAGCCUUUAUAGCUAUUGCCCAGUGUAUGCUGAAGACAGCAGCUAACGAACAACAUAUGUAUGAUAAUUUAUGUAGCUAAACCUGUAAUGCAAAAAAAAAAAGAAAAAAGGAAAAAUCAGUGCAAAUCAUCCAUUGUCCUCACCAGAUAGACUGCCAUCAUCGAAGUCAUAAUGCUGCUGCUAAAAACUAGUAAACUACUAGUAAACUGUGAAGACAGAAGUAACUCCUGUGACCUAUACGUUUGUGCAGGUGGUGAAGCUUUGCUGCUCCUGAAGCCUGAGAAAUGCAAAUGCAGCUUUGUUAAUGCAAAUGCUUCCUACAUCAGACUUUAUGAAACUCCUCCUAAAGUUGAAUUCUUAUCCAAGUGGGCAUAUGUUAGGGUGCCAUUGUAAUUCAGGUAGAGUGUCAGAGUGGAGGCUGGCACCAACAGUAGAUGUUCUAAACAUUAGUGUUAUUCAGGUAAGACUACAAAAAUGAUGAACAUGUCAAAACUUCAAAAGGAACAAUCAGAAAAACUCUUUAACAUGUUUUUCUUUCUAUAGUAUUUUAAUUAAAAUUUACUAAAUUUAUGAAUGUUUUUAUCCUGCUUGAGAUGAAUACUUAAUGAUAGUUCUUAUUCCAUAAGCUUCUAUAGAUUUGCUUUGUCAUUUGUGGUAUGUUUGAUAACAAAAAUAUUAGUGGCAGAAAAACAGUUAUAUUGAAUGCUUUUGUUUUAGAGAAAAUUUCACUCUGUACUAGAAAAUGUAGAUGAUAUGAGUCAAAGUUCAUUAAUACUUCCCCUGAAAAUUUGUGUGUAAAAGUAGCGCUGGAGCAGUUUAUUCUGCCUAGCCCUCUCAGCUUCUUGAUAAAAUAAGGUGAGGGCAUAUGUAAGUCAGUAAACUAUUCUACUGUUAGUAAGGUCAGAGGCUUAAUCUAUAUGCUUUUAACUAACACAGAGGAAAUCAUGUGACCUCAUUCUCAAAGCUCAUAACAUCCACCUGGCCAAUCUCGAGAUGUGGUUAGAAUUCUUUUUUUUUUUUUCUAUUUUUACAAUAAUUUUUGACACAUCAAAGCUGUCCAUGUUUAUGUGGGCACAAUUUGAUGCUUCAAUACAUGUAUAUGUUGUGUAAUGAUCAAAUUGGAAUACUUAGCAUAUCUGUCAUCUCACACAUUUUUCAUUUCUUUGUGGUGACAACAUUUAAAAAUCUUUUUUUCUAGCUAUUUUGUAAUAUACAGUACCUUACUGUUGUGAACCAUAGUCACCCUACUGUGCCAUAGAACACCAGAACUUAUUCCUUCUGUCUAAUUGUAACUUUGUACCCAUUGAGCCUCUUCCCUUCCUUCCUUCUGCUCUCCCCUUUCCAGCGUCUGAUAACCACUGUUCUCUUCUCUAUGAGAUAAACUUUUUUUUAGAUUUCACAUGAGUGGGGUCAUGCAUUAA